UUGCAGCCACCGGCCCGAGCGCAGAGUGCUGCCGCCUUGUCUUCAGGACCUUGGGGCGGAUUGAGAAGCACCUCGUUGAUGGGCCCUCAUGGCACAGCGAAGGCGGGGACGCCGUGGCAGCCACCUUCUCCUCGGCCUGGUCGGGGUCUUGGGCGCGAUGCGGCUGAUGGCUGAGAGGAUGGAGGCCGGCUUCGCGUGGUGGAGGAUGGAUCGGAUGGGUCCUCAUCCGCCACAGAGGGUGACAAGGACGGGCAGUUGGCGGGUGCCACAUGCUUUGGCGGCAAAGAUUGUUGAAGUGAGCUCAGAGGAGCGAGAUGUGGCCUUCAUGGAGCGUUUGCGCUGCCUGGCGCGCGAGGCGCUCAGCUGGGCUUGGCUCACUCCGCAGCAACGGCUGGUGUGGGCCGCGGCCAUCGAGCUGGAUGCGGUGCCUUUGCAGGAGCUUCCACCGUGGUUCUGGGAGCGGCAGAACGUCACUCAUAGGCAUCCAGGCGUCGACCUGGUGAGCCUGGACGGCCACCGGGCCGUGCGGUGCAUCGACGGCAUCGACGGCAUCGACAUCGUUGAGGACGCGGAGCGCUUCGUCCAGGUGGCGCAAGAGGUACACAAGGCGCAAAACUGCACGCUGGUGAUCUCGACGGCUUCGACAAGAUUGUCAGAGCAGUCCCAAGCGUGGCUGCAGCAAUCGGGUGCUGAGCAUCGUGGUAUUUCAGAGAGAGAUCUGCAAAGGCUGGGUAGCUGCGAGCUCAAUGUCCAGUCAGAGCUGGUCAAGAGGACUCAAGGUUUAAAUAAGAUGUCUGUCUAUGUAAUGUGGACAACCUGAUUGCCUGAAAAGGCGCCCAGAAUGGCACCCUACUUAGUUCUAUAUACUCCUACUUGGUACUCUGGGGUCGUUGAAUAUUCGUUUGCACCGUGCAUUCUU